AUGUCUCUCGCACAGCAUAUCUGGGACGCUGUCCUCGAUUUGGUGGAAACUAUUGGCGCGUUGGAGGACCACGACAUCCUUGAAGUCGUGAAGACGGAACCCGAUUCCACCUAUUCGCUUCCUUCCGUCGACCUACAUGCCACAUCUGCGCAAGCUUGUUCAACGGAUAAAGAAAACACCGGGAUAGUGGCAUGGAUCGAGCCCCAGCAUUCUGGUGCCGUCCAAGAUUUUGCAGGCAAGGACGUCAGUGUUGAAGAGGUCACCAGUGGCGCGGAGUCUGGCCUAGAAUCGACCAAUGACACCGAUCUCAGAGACCAGAAUGAUGAGCACCAACAGGAGAACUCGGGUCCACACAUCGGAACAGAAAUCGCGAACCUCAUAACACACCGCAUUGACCCAGAACUCAUCGGACAGAAUUGGACUUUACGACAGGACAACGUGCAACAUCUGAAAUGGCAAGACAAAGCUUCAAUGACCAUAAAGAAGAUGACAGAGGAGGCAGAGGCGCGAAAGCACGAGGUGAGAGAUGCGAAGAAGGCGGCUGUCCGAGCAAGAGCCGCGAUGCAACGACAGAUCGAUGACCUCGAGCGUCAAGUUCAAGAAUCAGAGCGAGACAAAGACACUAUGCUUAUGGAGAAUGCUCGCGCUACCGAUGCACACGAGAGCAGCCUGCGAGAAAGCAAAUAUGAGUUGGAGGCUCAGAAGGAGGCAGCUGCGCACGCGGCAGCCGCGGCGGAGCGCCAGAUUACAGGAAUAUGGACCAAGCAUAACACAGACAUGGCCGUAGCCGAAGCGAAGAUCAAAGAGCUACGGGCUGCGCAAACCUUCACGUUCGACUGCAAUCGGGAAGCCAAUGCGCUCCGUGAGGAGCUCUCCGAAGCGAAGAAAGAAAGGGUGGAGGAAUUAGCAGCCAAAGACGAGGAAAUCAAAACCCUGCAAACCUGCAUCUACGACCGUGAUUCCGAGAUCCGUCGUCUAGGUGCCGAAGCUGAAGAUGAUUGUAAGGCCAAGAGGGAAGCCAUCAAGGAGAAAGAUGGCGUUGAGCGCGCGAAGCUGGCGGCCGAUCGUGAAAUCAAGAAGCUCAAAGUGGAGAAUGAAGCUUUGGAGUCGAAGCGGGGAAAGGCGGAUUCAAAGGCAUUGGAAGCUGGAGGUCGUGCCAAAGGGCUCCAGGACCAGCUCGUGGUUACCGAGAAGAGGGCAGCAUAUUGGGAGUCGUUGUGCACCAAGAAAGAAGAGGAUGCCAAAGACAAAGUCCUGAGCGCAUACAACGUGGAUCAGCAACCCACGUUCAUACCGUCUGGAGAGGAGGGAGUGUCGGUGCUUGUCGAACAACUACGCAAGGAGAACGGUGAACUCCGGGAGAAGAUAGUUUGUUUGACGGAUGAUAUUCAAGAGUGGGCUCGAGCUUGGGAAGCGGCGGUUCAGGGUCAGAAGAUGUGGGAGCAGGACAUUCGGCGCCGAUGUGAUGAGGAGAAGCAAGAAGCGCUUGAUAAGGAGCGUGCGAAGUGUCGCGUGACCGAUGGGCGAGAUGCUAGGGAGCAGGAUAUUCGCCGAGAGUGUGAGGAGGAGAAGCAGAAAGCGCUCGCUGCGGAGCGGGAAAUUGGCCGGGUUCAGUCGGAGUCUCGGACAUGCUCGCUAAGGGGGCAGUUUGCGGUGAAGCUCAAGUCGCACUCCAAUCGAGAACUGCAGAGGCUCCGUCGUCGGACUGGAGUGGAGCACAAGAAGCAAAUGAAGGUCAGAAAAUGUCAAGUGAGGUGGGUUUUUAAUCGAGCUGUGUCGCGCGCUGUCGAGGUGGAGCGGUCGUUGCUCCAGACCCAGUCCCGGACCCAAUUCGAAACGGAGAUAGCGAGUUACAAGACCCAAUUCGAAUCCGAGCAUGCGAUUUCCCAGACUCAAUCAGGAGCUCAGAAUGACACAGGUCCAUUGAACCAGGUCCUUCUGCACGAGGAGGUCAAAAAGCGAGAUGGGUACAUCGAAUUGCACAAGGCGAGAUUGAAAGAAGCGUUUGACGCUAAACGGGAGUCGGAAAGCACUCUCAAAACCGUCAGAGCAGAGAACGAGCGGUUGAGCCGAGACGUCGUAGCCUACGAGAAUCAGAAAGCACUGGCCAGGCAGACCAAGAGCGGGGCGCAGAUCACUCUCAUGGCGCAGGAACUGGCUCGAGCUUUAAAACUCUUCAACGAAAUAGCCACAUUGGGCCUUGACGAAAAGCAUCGCAAUCUCCUGAAUGAACUCGUCCUUGCGAAUAAAGCGGUGCGAGAUAUCAGAUCUACGAUCGAGGAAGGCGCCGUGGUCGACUAUGAGGAUUUCCAGGGUAGGCUGGAUCGAGUUGUCGCGAGCUCCGAUGCGUUCGACUAUUUGGAUCCGAGAGAGCGACCAGCGCUGCAUGCACAAUUGGUUGAAUGCUAUGCGGUUAUUGGUGGUCUGACCAAAAUCCUCGCGGGCGAGCGCGGAGAUGUCAUGAAAGAGGAUAUUCUUGAGAGGAUAUACAGAAACAGUGAUAAGGGAAAGGGAAAGCAAGGCGCCGUCACUGGGUCAGGGCCGGCUUCAGGGCCAUCAUUUGGUGCAAAUGGCGGACUAAGUGCGGCCCCAUUACUCCAACUCAACGGAAACAGUACUUUCCCAUGCGAUCUGAAUGAUAAUCCUCAGACCCCCUUCAGCAACACUUCCACAUCUAACAGCACACAAAAACCCACCGAACGUCCUUUCACAACCACACCGAAGCCUACGGCGCCAGGGUCUCAGAACGAGCCUGAAUAUAUGGACGCUGCGACCGCGCAUGCUCUCCAAGGGACGGAUGCAUCGAUUCAGGAUGCCGCGAUCGUACAGAAUCAACUACACCGCCAAGACGGCACCGAGAUGGAUCUGUCUCCGCUGUCGGGACCACUCUCGCUGCAAGAGCGGGUGCAAGGCCCCGAGCAGCCGGCUGGAUGGACAGAUGUCAUGACGGGUUGGGUGCGGUAUCUGCUGCAACAGGGUACGGAAUUGAGCGCCGUCGAAUCGGGUAUGCGAUCGUUCUUUCCAAGCAUCAAUGAUAUGGUGGGGGUGAAGCAGCACCUGGAAAACAUCAAGACGGAGUGGGAAGGUCGAGAGGUUUAG